CCACGAUCGCAACUGACGGGACAUCUAAGCUACUGGACAUGCAAGGAAUGUGGUCUGGAUUGAGCCUGGACCAUGACGUUUGGGAAGAGGUGUAUCUAUGCCCCGUAGAUCAUGUGGAUCUGCCGAUAUCGCUGCUACGAGGAUGUGGGAUGUGAGAUAGGGGAUGUGCCAUUCUCAGGAGGCAGGGAUAGGAUCGAUCCUCCGGAGUCGGGGUGAGACGAAAAAGACCGGCGGAGCAAUCACGGAGGUGGACCAGGGCCCGUGGACGGGCGGGAACCCGUUGCCAUACAUUCAAGCUCAGAAACGCAGAAGCCUGAUCAGAGGACCAGGUGGAUGGUAUACGGGGGUUGAAUGGAUUCGAGAAGAACUUGUGAAAACGAUAAUCGAGACCCACCCGGUGGGGUCAGCUGACAUCACCACCCUGACCGCUUGCCUGAAGAGUAAGGAGUACGGUUCUGUCGAUAUGAUGUGCUUGCCUUAUCUUUGCCCCUGCUUCUUCAUCCUGUUCCAACGUUCAGUCCCUACGAUCAUGUCACUGUGCAGAAGGUUGUUGUCAUAUUUGGAUCGCAGCAGGAUUCAUAGUGGCGAACGGGUGGAUCAUCCGGUGGGUCCCUCCUUUUUACAGACGUUCGAGUUCGAGAUAGUAGGCCUCUUGAAAGUGGGUCUCGUCCUAUCUGGACCAUUUUAAAUCUUACUCCAGUCCAGUUAAAGAAAGUACCAUAGUCCUAGCCAAGCAUUGGCGCUAUAACUAUCUC